GUGGGUUACAAAAGCUAUUGUACCUAAAAUGAUGUGCACUGAGAGUAUGAGAGUCACAGACAUCAUAACAGAUAUGAGGACGAAUCAUGGUGUUGGUAUCACCUUUUGGAGGGGUUGGAAGGCAAAGGUGCAAGCAAGAAACAUCAUUGAUGGAGAUUCAGCAAAACAAUAUUUAAACUUAUGGAGAUAUGCAGCUGAAAUUAAGAGGGCCUCUGAUGCUAACUCAGUGAAAAUUAAUGUUGUUAGAUCUAUACCAACCCUCCAACCCAGAUUUGGAUCUUUUUAUUUUUGCUUUGAAGGUUGUAAACAAGGGUUCUUGAAUGGUUGUAGACCCUUCAUAGGUGUAGAUGGAUGUCAUUUGAAAACACAAUAUGGCGGGCAACUUCUGAUAGCUGUGGGAAGAGAUGCUAAUGACCAAUAUUAUCCUCUUGCUUUUGGAAUUGUUGAAGUUGAGAAUACUGAAUCAUGGAGGUGGUUUUUAACUCUUUUACUGGAGGAUAUUGGAAUUGAGAAGAGAUGGGUAUUUAUAUCUGAUCAACAAAAAGGACUUAUGUCUGUCUUUGAUGAGAUGUUUGAGGUUGUUGAACAUAGACUUUGUCUCAGGCACUUGUAUGCAAAUUUUAAGAAAAAAUUUGGAGGAGGGUCAGCAAUUAGAGACUUGAUGAUGGGGGCAUCCAAGGCAACUUAUUACCAAGCUUGGGAAAAAAAGAUGCAACAGUUGAAGGCAAUUGAUGUACCAGCAUGGGAGUGGCUUAUGCUUGUGCCUACCAAGCUUUGGUGUAAGCAUGCCUUCUCUUUCUAUUCUAAGUGUGAUGUUUUAAUGAACAACCUCUCUGAAGCUUUUAACUCAACAAUAUUGUGUGCAAGAGAUAAGCCUCCAAUUACCAUGUGUGAGUUUAUUAGGACAUAUUUGAUGAAUAGGAUUGCAACUAUUAGGUAUAAACUAACUUCAUGGCAACAAAAGGUAAUGCCAAUGCCUAAGAAAAGAUUAGAUGUUGAGAUUGAAAAUAGUGGAAGUUGGAUUCCUAUUUGGAGGAUGGAUGAUGAGUUUGAAGUUAGUAAGCUUUAUGAAGGUUUUAAGUACAUAGUUGAUAUUGGAAAGAGAACAUGUACUUGUAACUUUUGGCAAUUAGUGGGUAUUCCCUGUAGGCAUGCAAUUGCUGCAAUGGGUAAAAGGUCUCAAAAACCCGAGGAUUAUGUGGAUGUCUGUUAUUCAAGAGCAACUUAUGAAAAAUGUUAUAGCUAUAGUGUAAGUGCCAUUAAUGGAGAAGACAUGUGGCCAGUUGUUGAUGUGGAAGAAAUGUUGCCACCAACUUAUUAGAGGGGUCCAGGAAGACCAAAAAAAUUGAGAAGAA